GGCGUGGUGAUGGAAUUGCAGACAAGAGCCAAAGCCCUGCUGGAGCGCGAGGACAAAAAGAGUCAGUUGAUUCAGAUGGGAUGGCUCACACAGCCGGAGGGGCGCGAACCAGCAUGGCUUCCCUUGGUCUGGAGCGUUGCCCAGCAGAAAGAAGUCCCAUGCCCGGAUGUAGGGCCACUUCCAGUUUCGGAUGCUCAGAAGGCGUUGGAGGUCCUGCUCGAACAUGCAUCGGGCCAGAUCGUGCAGAGAUUCCACCCGACACGCAGGUUAGCCGAGGAGUAUACCGGGGAGAUCAUGGAAUUCAAGUUAGAGAUAAGCUUGAAGGGCAAGGAGGCAAUGCAGGUGCACGACGCGUUGGACAUGCUUUGCAACUCGGCGAUUUGGCUGUUGGUGGGUGCGCGCAUGCACCCAGAAGGGCCGAAACGUUCGGCCGCGGCGAAGAAGUUGCAGCACAUGCUUCGCGGGUGUUGGCCCUAA